CAGCCAUGCCCUUGCGACCAAGGGCUUCCUCGCAACCUGGAAGAGCAAACACCCUUCCAAGCAUUAAAAACGUCCCAGUUCUGCGCCCGAGAGCUUUGUCGUCCCACACGCAGUCGCCCUUAGAGGAUGAGCUCUCUUGUCCGGUCUGCUGCGAGAUCUUCACCGAUCCCGUGGUCCUGAAGUGCAGCCACAGUUUCUGCCGCCUCUGCCUUCAGGCCUUCUGGAACAAGAAGGCGGCCAAGAGGGAAUGUCCCGUGUGCAGGAGGAAGUGUUCUCUGACGGAGCCCACCGUGAGUCUGGCUCUGAAGAACGUGUGCGACGCCAUCGCACAGGAGCUGAAAGGACAAGCGUCUGCGAGAGUGGGCUCAUAUUCAGCCAACGGGGCGUCUAAACCAGAGGCUCUCUGUGCCACUCACGGAGAGGGACUCAAAUUGUUCUGCCAAUAUGAUGAAGAAGUUCUCUGCUGUGUUUGUCAAACGUCCAAGAAACAUCAAGGCCACAGUGUGUGUCCUUUGGAGGAAGCAGCAAAUGAUCUCAAGGAGGAAAUGCGGCAGAUUGUCAUCCCACUUAAGAAAAGCCUUCGACGCCUCUAUGAGGCCAAACAGGAACGUGAUGACAUAACUGUCCACAUCAAGAACCAAAGACAACAGACAGAGAAACAAAUUCACAAGGAGUUUGAAGAGCUUCGGCAAUUUCUUCUGAAGGAGGAAGCUGCAAGGAUUGCUGUGCUGGCAGAAGAAGAAGAGACCAAGAAACAGACGAUGAAGAAAAAAACCGACAUAAUCGCUCGUGAUAUACUCACCUUUUCUCAGGCUGUCAUGGCCAUUGAAAACGAGAUUGCUAAUGCUGACAGCCUCUUUUUACAGAACUGCAAGAAUGUCAAAAAGAGAGCUCAGAUAACAUUUAACGAACCAGAAAACGUCCCCAAUUCUCUAAUCGACGUUGCAGAGCACAUCACCUCGCUGCAGUUCAGAGUGUGGGAAAAAAUGCAGAGCCUGGUGGAAUACACGUACCCCUGUUUGUCUCUUAGCAAGAACCUGACGAGUGUGUCCAACACAGGGACGAUGAAAGAGCUGCCUGAUAACCCUGAGCGCUUUGACCACUUUGUUUUUGUACUGGGCUCCAAGGGUUUCACCUCAGGAUGUCAUUCCUGGGAGGUGGACGUGGGCCAAAAUAAUGACUGGGUAAUUGGUGUGGUUAAAGAAUCAGUAGCCAGGAAAGGCAAAAUCUCAGGCUGUGCCGAAGGAGGAUUCUGGACCAUCGCUCUCUCUGAUGGGAAGUACACAGCCAUGACCACCCCACAUACACCGCUCAACCUGAAGGGCCACCUGGAAAGGGUUCGGGUGAAAAUCGACUAUAAUAAAGGAGAGGUCAGCUUCUUUGAUUCAGUGGGUGUCACACCUAUCUACACAUUCAAUGACCACUUUACUGAGACAAUGUUCCCUUUUUUCUGUCCGGGGGCAAAUAUAAAUGGGAACAAUCCAGGGCCGCUGAAGAUCUGCCCUGUGAGAGUGGCAGUAUGGAACAGUGCCUCCUGGUGAUGCCAGUUUUAUUGAUGUAUUUCUGCUUCAGUUAUACAGUACCAGUCAAAGAUUUGGAAACGUUUACCUUUUAUUCUACUAAAUUACAAUUUUUCCAGGUUUUAGAAUUAAAUCAAAUCAUAAAAUAAGUCAAACUGAAGUAUGACCAGAUGUGGCCAAUUUUCAUAGAAAGUCACCACCAUUCAUCUGGAUUCCAAU